AUGACACCAGCCAUUGACAAAAUUCCUUUAAAACAGGCCGAAAUCGCCGUACGACGUUUCAAUGACAUGGCCAUACCCCAUCAUUUGGGUUUGCUGAAGAAUCAUCAUAGCAACAUUGAGAAAAGUCUCGCUUUGGGCGAUUGGAAUAAAAUCAAAAAAGAAGAGAUCAAUGCGAUGCGGGUAAUAAAACAAAUAAAAAAUCUACUACUCGAAAUGGAUGCACUGAGGGAAAAGGUGCGGGAUGAUGAUUUGGAACGUUUCGAUGCCAUGAUGGAGGAGGGGAAACAGAAGGCAUUCGAUGGCAUGAAAGAAUAUUUGGAAUUACAAUUGAAAUCACCAACAAACACAUUACGCUCCCAAGGACCCUACGAAGAAGAUGACGUCGAACAGCAUUUAAAUGAAACCGUUGAAAUAGGACAAACCCAAGCAUACCAUCAAACACUACCAGAAAUACGCACUAACUUUUCACAACAGGAACAUAUUCUAGCACAACGACAAUCCUGUUUAGAUGAAUUACAAAAUUUACAAGAAGAAAUACGCGACCUAAAUGGUUUGUUUCACAAUAUGGGUGAAUUAGUUCAUCAACAAGCCGAAAGUGUACAAGCAAUUGCCGAUAAUGCCGAAGAAGCUUUAGAAAAUGUCCAGGCAGGUGAAAGUGCUUUACGUAAAGCACUAUCCUAUAAGAAGGCAAUGUAUCCUGUUAUGGGUGCACUAUUGGGUACUUGUGUCGGUGGACCAAUUGGUUUGGUAGCUGGUCUAAAGGCUGGCGGUUUAGCAGCUGUCGGCUGUGGCAUAUUAGGCUUUACCGGGGGUAGUGUUCUAAAAAGUAACCCCGCCAUAUUACAGGGUAACAUUGAAGAGGAACAACAACAACAAACUUCAGAAAAUUCCGAACAAACCCAGGAGGAAAUCGAAAUGACAAAAAAGGAAGACUGACAAAUGGAGAAUUAUAAUCAACCGAUGACAGUGUGGUCGGCGGCAACGCGCCAACUAAUGAAUUUCCAGGGUACAACUGCAAAUCGUUUGGAUCCAGUGGCCCAGGCCACUACCGGUGUAUUGUGCAGUGUUAAAUCUUAUUGUACCAUACAGUAGAUUG